UGAACUACAUUCACAGGUCAUUCAUGACAGGACUUUUCAGCGUGGUGUUUGUCGAACAGCACUUCCACAUAAAAAGGAUAACUUCAUGGACACCAGAGCUAUUCUGAAAGCUUCCGGUUAUCUUAUGUUAACGGUCAUCAACAUCCCAUCCAAUCUGUUCAUCUGCUGUGCCUUCCUUCACACUCGUCUGACUGAAGCUAAGCUCACUCCCGCUGAUGUCAUAUUAUGCCACCUGGCCAUUGCCAACCUGACCUCAGCCUUUACUCGCAGUGUCCCUCAGAUGCUGACAGCAUUUGGCUGCGAGAACUUAUUUGAUGAUAUUGGCUGCAAACUCUUGUUUUUCUUCUACCGGACAUCAAGAACUCUGUCCAUAAAGUUUACCUGCCUCUUAAGCACCUACCAAGCUGUGCUAGUAGCCCCUGCCACCUCCAUACUUGACUCCCUAAAAUACAAAAUCCCAAAGUACCUGCACAUCAUCAUUGCAAGCCUCUAUGCCAUUUCCUUCACAUGUAGUAUUCAUCCAAUUCUGUUUACCUACGCGACACUUAUCAACAACACCAUACCCCCUUACACAUUUAUUUAUGAGUACUGUUAUCUCACGUUUCCAAAUUUUACUGUUUAUAUUUCCAUAGGUUUGUCCCUCUUUUUCAGGGAUUUUUCCUUCAUAGUAAUGAUGGCUGUCAUGAGCUGCUACAUCUUGGUGCUGCUAUAUCGGCAUGGUAAAAAAGUGAAGAACCUUCGAAGUUCAGACAAUGGAACCUCAGGAUCCAGAGCAGAGACCAAGGCCUCCCGUGCAGUGGUCACUUUGGUUAUCCUCUACACUGUCUUCUUUGAGGGGGACAAUGCAAUCUGGCUAUACUCAUUGACCAUCCUAAGGGUGGCACCUCUUAUUUCAGACAUCCGGGGCUUUUUUGCCAUACUUUAUACAUCUGUAUGCCCUGUGGUGGUCAUUGUUACUAAUCCUAAGGUGAAGGCCAAGCUCAAAGUGACCAAGCCCAGGGUUUUGCCUCAUUCAACGAAUACCAGCUCUUCAACUUUGUGACAGAAAACUGGCAGAGUGAACAAAAUAAACAGGUACAUGGCAUUGGCAUGCAGGAAAGGCUGAAGUUUGUCUAUAAAGUGCAAUAAAACUAAUGGAGAAGGAGACAAAAUCUCAGUGCUUGCUUACUUCAGAAGCUGUGAUUAAAUAUUUGACUAAUGUGCAACCAAGGUGACAUAAAUCAGUUAGAGCUCAGAAAGGUUCAAUGACACGCACGGGGUCACACA